AGCGAGAAACAACCACACACGCUGCUGGGCGACACUUCAGGUGGCCUAUUACGCGUUUUAUUGGGAGGGACGGAACUUCAGGAACAAUUUGCUCCCCUCCUCGUCAUCCUGCUCCUCUCACAUGGAUUUAUCCGGGAAGGAGUAAGAGGAGAUCGUACGUUGGCUUCACGUGAAUGGAUGGCGGACUGAUUGAGGAGUCGGUGUUGGUUUUUUUUUUCUUCUACGAGUUAGGAGGCUUAAAGGCUGCGUUGGCAGUUUGGAUCACAUAAACGGAGAGGAGGAGGAAGAAGAAGAAAACAGCAAAAGACGAGAAGUGGAAUCUUUUUCAGAGCGAUUAUGGAUUUCAGAUUUAGGGUGUUCUCUGGAUUGUGCAUCUGAAAGAGUAUCUAAUCCAUAAAAAAAAAACCCACAGGAACAAAGAGAGAGGUUUGGUUAUGCAAGCCUCACUUUGCAAAGUGCCCCCGGUUUCUUCCCUGCGCUUGUAAAGAGGAACGUUAUGGCUCUCCUGGUGGUCCCGCUGCUCCUGCACACGGGGCUCGUUUUGGGCUCAAAUUAUGGAUACGUGGAGUGGUCUGACAGCGACCGAGACGAGAAGAACCCACAAGUCUACAGCACCCAAAACAUCAACAGGGAGCCGCCCCACCACCCGACGCACUACCCUCCUGUUCCGGCCACGGAGCGCGCGGUGGUGGCGCACAAAAUCGAGGAGGACCUCCCGCGGGUCGUGACCGCUUUCCUGCACACCGGGGACUCCACCGCGCUCCGGCAGGUCAACUGCUCACGUAGAUACGAGCUGAGCAGCCUGCGAGGCGGCCUGCACGUCGCCUCCCACUACUCCCUGCACAGCAUCCUGGACACCGUAGCGCACGCGACAAACUUCCUGAACAUGAUCCUGCAGGCCAACAGGUCCCGCGAGCAAACCCUACGCAGGGACAUCCACUGGUACCACGCGCUGGUGCAGAGCAUCCUAGAGGGGGAUCCCAAAAUCCACAGAGCUGUGGUCACCUUCCACGAGGACGCGCCGACCCCAGGACCGCACGUUUUCCUCCAGGCGACCAGAAGUGAAAAAGAGGUGGUUCUGCAGGAUUUAUCCAGCUCUGCGCACCGUCACCUGAAUAGCAGGAGCCCGGAGUCCGAGUGGUUUAACGAGUUCCGAGAUCGUAGGAGACCACACAUGCACAGGAAACUCCCGGAAGCAGCAGGGAGCCAGGGUGGAGGUUACCUCCUGGAGAAGAACCAGAUUAAGUGGUCCGCUCCGUACCUGGAGUGUGAGCACGGGGCGUUUGUGCCUCAUUGGCUGCUCACCUUGUCUGCAGGUUUCUAUGGACUGAAGAGCAACUCUGCCCUGGAGUUCAGGGGGGUCGUUCGGGUGGAUGUGAACCUGCAGGAUGUGGACAUUGAUCAGUGCUCCACCAGUGGCUGGUUUGCUGGGACCCAUCGCUGUAAUCUCACCAGUAUGGAAUGCACUCCCAUCGUCGGCCAUGGAUUCGUGUUGGACAAGUACAAGUGUCAAUGCAGGAGGGGGUUCUACCAUCCAAGCCGGGUGGCGCUCAAUGGCUUCAAAAGUAAGGAGUUGGGCUCGAACAGAGACGAGACUUCUGACGUGUCCAGUAAGUGUCUGCCGUGUCGUGAAGGCUGUCCAUACUGCCGGGACGACACGCCCUGUCUGGUGCAGGAGGACGGAGCUCUGCGCCUCGCUGUGGCCUCCUUCCAGGGGUUGUGCAUGGUGCUGGACCUGGCCAGCAUGGUGUUGGUCUACCACUUCAGGAAGAACAAGAGCAUCCGAACAUCUGGUCUCAUUCUCCUGGAAGCCAUCUUGUUCGGGGCUUUACUGCUCUACUUCCCAGUGAUGAUCCUGUACUUCCAUCCAAGCGUGUUUCGAUGCAUCCUCCUGAGGUGGGUCCGCCUGCUGGGAUUCGCCAUCAUGUACGGCACCGUCGUCCUCAAGCUCUACAGGGUGUUAAAGGUGUUCCUAUCCCGCACGGCUCAGAGGACGCCUUACAUGACCAGCUGGCGGGUGCUGCGGCUGCUCCUGGUUAUCCUGCUGGUUGUUCUUUGGUUCUUGGUGGCCUGGACCUCCGCUGUGUGCCAGAACCCAGAGCUGAGCCGGGAACUGAUUGCUGCAGGCCUGACCCCCGAGGGUCUGCAGUUCAGCAUGUGUCUGCUGGACCGCUGGGACUACAUGAUGGCUGUCGCGGAGUUCCUGUUCCUGCUGUGGGGUGUGUAUCUCUGCUACGCUGUCCGCACCGUACCCUCAGCUUUCCAUGAGCCGCGUUACAUGGCUGUGGCCAUCUACAAUGAGCUCCUCUUAUCAGCCAUCUUCCACAUCAUCAGGUUCUCUCUGGUUCCUGGUCUGCACCCUGACUGGAUGCUCCUUUUGUUCUUCGCUCACACUCACCUGAGUGUGACCGUGACUCUGGGCCUGCUGCUCAUUCCAAAGUUCCUGACCAAAGGGACUCAGGCCAGGGAUGAUAUUGCGAUUGAGGCCUAUGAGGAGGAGCUGGACAUGGGGAGAUCUGGCUCCUACCUCAACAAUAGCAUCACUUCGGCCUGGAGUGAGCAUAGUCUGGACCCUGAGGAUAUACGGGAUGAGUUGAAGAAGCUGUACGCCCAGCUGGAAGUCUAUAAACGUAAAAAGAUGCUCGCCAACAACCCUCACCUCCAAAAGAAACGCAAUUCUAAGAAAGGUCUGGGUCGCUCCCUGAUGAAACGGAUAACAGAGAUCCCAGAGACGAUGCAUCUACACCGGCAGUGCAGUCGUGACGAUGGUAGUGAGCACGGCAGCAACCGCAGCACCUUAAGGAGAAACCCAUUUGAACCAAGUCACCAUGGUAAAACUCGCGACGACUCCCUGAAGAACAAUAUCAUAGGCUUGAAGAAGUCACUCAGCUAUGACCAUGUUUGCGACCAGGCUGAAGAAACCGGAAGCCAAACUGGCUCGACUGCAGGAGACAAAACAACUCCUGUUGGAGGAGUUGGGGAAGGAUCUCUUCUUGGUUCCCUGAUUGGACGGAAACAUACAAAGAAGCAGCUAGAACCAGCGACCCCACCAAGACUGGAACCAGCUGAGUCCACUGAGUCCGUUCCACUGUUCUGGAAAUCAGCCAGCGUUCACAACUUGACACACGAGAAGAAACCUGUCCACCUGAGGACCUCCAUCAUGCAGAAGUCUCUGAGUGUGAUUGCAAGUGCUAAGGAGAAGAUGCCAGGGCUAACCAACAAGACGCAAGGCGUGGAGGACGCGAGUAAGAGGGGUCUGAAGGGUCAGGACGAAAGGAUGCUGUCGGAGGUGGACGAGUCACCUGAGCAUUACCCCAAGAUGAUCAUCAGCCAAUCGGUGGAGUACUCCAAGACACCCAUGAAGAUGGGCAUCAUGAAACAACAGGUGAGUGGCAGCCAGCCCUCCAUUUGCUCUGAGACCGGCAGGAGCCUCUACGAUGUGUCUGAGGUUUCUCCCUGGGACAUGGAUGAACCUCAAACUCCCUCUGAAGCAAAGACCCAGAAACAUGUAUCCAUUGCUCCUGUAGAAACCACCUCGUGCCGGAGAGGAAGCAGCAGCUCUGGAAUCUCCAAAGGAAGUCGAUCUCAGCAGAGGCAGAGAGCAGGACAAUCCCCUUCCAACAGACGCCGCUCCAAAGAUAAAGGAGGAGAACGGGAUGAGGGCAGGGAAAGCCGGAAAGUGCGCCCACCCAGGUCACCUCUCCCUCAACCAGAUGUCUGUCCCUGGGACUUUGAAGAACAGCCCAUGCUGGGAGGAGAUUCCGAUUCCAUCUCCCCGGACAGGAUCAGGCGUAAGAAAAGUGUAACACCCACUGAUGGGAAACCAAAGGGGCUCCACUCUGACCACUCCAAGUCCACAGGGAGCCUUUUGCAGCCACUCCUGAUGGUUGAGAUCUGCCCGUGGGAUUACAAUGCUCCACCCUCACCUAAGCAGGAAAAGUCCUGCAACAGUCCGACCAUACACAAGAAGAAACGGAAAGGCUCCUGCUCGUCCAACCACAAAGCCGAGAAGGAGAAAGGGAAGGAGAAAAGUAGAGAAAGGCGAAGCUCCUCCAGUAAACCACAAUCAGAAAGGAGACGCGUAAGCCAGUCAUCGGAAUAUAGCAUGGCUGUUUCUGAGCGGCGGAGAAGCUCAACUAGAGACCCAGAAGCAAUGGAAAUCAGGAGGGCAGAGGUUUACUCCCGGGAGACAGAGCCCUCUCACACCAGCUUUGCUCAGACUAAAAAAUCCCCAGAGAAGAAGAAGGAGAGCUCUUUGAGUACUAGUUACAAACCUGCAGUGAGCAGUGGGGAGAAAGUGGUGGAUGUUUGCCCCUGGGACUUUCAGGAGCAGGACUCUGGAGGGAUGGCAUGAUGAGGGGUGUGAUGAUUGUACUUUUUGUACUCACAGACUGACAGCACAGCACAAAACAGAGCAACAGAAUGAAAAAGAUGUUACACUGAAUAAGAUGAGAAAGGUUUUCUGUGGGUGACCUAAGUAAAAUAAGAUUUUGUGAAGAGAGUCUAUUUAUUCUGCUGUCCAUUGAUGCAAUUCAGUGCAAACUCUUGUUGUAACAUCGCAGUGAAAGCAACCUUGAAGUCACUCUAGUGGAAUUUUUAGUCUGCAUUUUUGCUUGCACAUUUGUUAAAGUUACAUUGUAUGUAAUUUUUAGGCCAUUGAAUACAUCAAGAUAAUUAGAAAAUGAAUCAUUAAACAAUCGUUUCUCAUGACAGUUAAUUUUCCAUCUGAUGAGCUUGUCGAAUGUUUCCUGUUUUGUUGAUGAUACUAUACAAUUUAAGUCAGGAAUUAAGACAAAAAGCUACACUGUAUGUAUGGUUUAUCACUCUGAGAACACCACGGUAAGAAGACAAAGAGUGAUACCUGCUUUUACCAGCAGAUGAGAGUAUGGAUUUCACAAAUACAGUAAAUUCUUCAGCUAAUGAGUCCAUUAAAUUUUGACCCAUAUUUCCUGUUAUGCUGAUGAUAUUCUAUGUUGCACAGGUAACCAUCAAAGACUUACAACAUCAGAUGCUAAUGAUGAAAACCAGCAGGUAUCAGGGACAAAGGACCUAUGGAAAAAAAAUGGGAUACAAGCUCUUAGAAGCAAGACCAAAGCCCCAGACACAGGUGUGAUGUCCAACUUUUAGUCCAAAUAAGAAACUCAUUGCAAAAAUAUUUCUUUGAUAAGUGAAACAAGGGAAUCACAAAGGAUUGAAAGGAAGCUCCUUUAAAAAAAGAUACUUGGUAUGUUUUAGUUUCAGUUCUCAAUAUUCAGUGUUUUUAAAAUUCCAUUGCAUGUGUCAAACUAUCAAGCAUCCAAUAACUGUUAAUUGGUUAACUUGUACUCGAUUAUGACAAUGGAACUGUUGAUGUUGUUGCCUAUGGUAUUUGUCUCCUUGUGUAACACAUAAUGCUUUUGAAAUGAGGUGCGUUGUCAUUAAAAAUGUACACACACAUUUGAAAUGGCUUGCAGAAAAAUUACAGCAGAACAGGAAAAGCUGUACGGGUAUCGAGUACUGAUACUUAUUUACUCUUUAUAUUCUGGCCUUUGAUGUCCCUUCUCCGAGGCUUGAGUAUUUCCACGUUUAAAAAAAAAUUCUGGAUUCUUUCAAAGACUAACACGGAGCCAGACUCAUGGCAAUGAUUUGAAUAAUGCAUUUUCUCUCAGUCACUUAGUUGCUCAUUUUGCAUCUGCUUGAAUGCACCUUACUUCAUGUCUUUGCACAUAAUCAGUCUUUAGAACCACAACGAUGCAUGGCCAAAGCUUUUUUUGUCACUUUCAUGCUAACAGGAAAUGAGUAAUUCCUCAGUUCAGCAUCAUGUCCACGGACAACUAUCACAGCCAGACUUUCUGGGACUGUGAUCAUCCACCCACCAGUGAAGUCUAAUCCAAAACAAUCACACAAGUCAGAUCAGCUUCAUUGCUGUUGUGUGUGACAGUGAAAACACAGGUGUAAUGGCACUAAUGUUCACCAGAAGGCUUAAAAAAAUCAUUGCAUAUUUAAUGAAAUGCUCAAAAGCACAUGAGAUAAUUAAAUCUAGAUGUCAGCUGUCAUGGAUUUAUCAAGCAUUUUGGAAAAUAACUUUGUUUAAAGAAUCUGUUUUGCUCAGCAAGCAUUCAGAAAACAGCAAUAGGCUUGAUAAAUAAACAUGACCCACCACUCUAACUUUCACUACAUUUUUCUACCAGAUGGUUUUAGCUUGUUUGCAAAGGAAUGUUGAAACUUGCCCACUUAGUGUAUUUUAUGCUUGUUAUACUGUAAAGUGUUGCUCCUAAAAGUUACACAAUGUUGUAGCAUCCACAUGGGAGUAUUUUUAUUGUACGUUCAUGUUGUGUUGCAUGUACAUACAGAAAAUACCCUGUUCUCAAUACUGGAUUAAAUCUUUCUAUGAAACCCCA